ACGAGGUCCAGUACACCUCGUGAAGGCAAGCCCCACUGGGUGCGGUGCAGACUUGCUCAACAAAAUCGCCUGGGUGAGAUUGCGAAGGUGAUGGGGAAGAAGUUGUCGACGCGCACUCGAGGCUCUAAAGAUAAGAAGAAAAAUCAUUGUUCGUACGAGGACGUGUUCGAUCAGCUCAUGGAGUGGAUUUCCGUUCACAUUGAUGAACUGAUGUCAAAGUACGGCCCCGGCGAACAAUCGUCUGGCCAUGGGGGUUCAUGCGGACAAGGAUCAGAUGCAAUGGCGACACCGAAGUCGCAAGGUGGCAGACCUCGCAGUGACACUUUGAAAUGGCUCGACGACAAGCCGGGAUAUUCGGAUAAUGGUCCGAUGUUUGAAAGCUCGACCGUGAGGGACCAAAUGGCCAUGUGGGAUGCUAAGGCAAGACCUGAUGUCGUUUUCAUUGAGCCAGUCAAACUUCUACAGAUUCUCGGGAUGUUCGAGCAAACGUGUCCUCGGCACGGGAAAGACGUUGAGUGGCUGCGACACGUCGAGCGGGUUACUCAAAAGAGCUUCGACAAGGUCAUUGCGCGAUUGCGUAGGUCGAACGAUCCGGUCGUCGUUUUGGUUAACGAGCGUUACGAUUCGUCUCGUGACGCUCAGCAUUGUACGGUGACGGCGGUGGAUUUGAAGUCAGGAAUGAUCGUGGGGACGAAGACCAUGCUUCGGGGGAACGAGUCGUCAUGGAAGCUGGAGACACAAUGUGUGGAGAAACUGCUUCAUCGGUUGAAGGACGAGAAGAACCUCAUAAUCGCAGAGGUUGUGCAUGAUGAUUGUGGCGCGGUUGACGUCAUAUUGCGGCGAAUGAACAUUGACUCACAAAAGUGUAUGUGGCACAAGGCGAAGACUUUGGUCAAACGCUUGCGAGAGGCUAUGCGCGACACGAAGACUGUCAAGCCAACUGCAGUCGGGGCUUGCGAGCAUGUGCGCGAGGUGAAGUGUUUCACAAAGAAGGAGCUCGAACUUUGGCUCGAAUCGAAAUGUGUACACGUGAUAGGGGUGUCCACGAGAAAAAAAAAUGAACUCGUUGAGAUUGUUUGGGAUGUGCUCUUCCCCGACGAAGCAGGGAAAGCGUUGCCAGAUGAUGUCGUCGAGAUCGACGCGUUGCAAACACUGCAUUGCAAUGCGGCGGAGGAGGCGAAGGAGUACCCUCGGGUCGGAGAUUGGGCACGUAACAUGUUGCAGCAAUCGGACGUCGACGACCCAGUUAUUGAGCAUUAUGAUGAGGAAGCCGAUUAUGUACUCCCUGAUGCGGUUGAGAGUGCGGUGGAGGGUGUUGUGGCCGAAGGUGAUAAUGUUUUCGUUGAGGCGGGAAGCGAAAGUGCUUCAGAUGACGAAAAGUCGUCUUCCGACUCCGACAACGAUGGUGCCGCUCACCGCCUUAACUUUGACGGCGCCGUCCUUUCGCAGGAGGUGUCCGUUGCGCAGGAGUGAUAGUGUCACGUACUACAUCGAUGCCCAUUGUCGUCGUCGUAAUCAUAAGAAUGUUAUGUC